AUGGUGCUACACUGGACAGAAAUCGAAGUCGAAAAGCUUCAAGACUAUGGCUGUGCUAGUCGGGGAUAUUUCGACUCCACUGAUCCAGCAGUUGGACUCCCAGUGGACGAGAUCGACAGAUCGUUCAUCUGGUGGAAGAAGUGUAUCAAAUGUGCACGCUCUGAGUAUAGCGCUUAUGAUUUGGAAUACAAUCAUUUCGACUAUACUGAGAUGUACGAGUACGAUUCAGAUACUGAGACCUGCGGCGGGAGCAGCUCUAUCGAACACUCUAUUUGUCAGUGCGAUCAGUCAUUUGCCAAGAGACUAGUUGACUUAACAGCGAAUGACGAUUUCCGAAAUUACGAUACUGAUUUUUGCGUCCCUUUCACACCAUCGGACAUUCCAACUGAUUGUUGUUUUGAUGAACAAAAUGGCGCUUAUGAAAUCUUCAACACGGAAAAGAAAUGUUGCGAAAACGCCGUUGUGAAAGACCUCGGCACGUGUGAAGCAUAA